GGUCAGUUGGUGAGGUCUGUCCCGGUAUUGCUUCUACAUUACCGAUAGAAAGCUUAUGAAUAAACAUGAUGGACCUUAGAACUCAAGAAGUUCACUCGGGACAUUUCAUGGUCAGUAAUCUCGAAGAUUCUGAAGAUGAGUCCGAAAAUUCCGUUGAUCUAUCUCCAGAAGACAACCCUUUAUCUAUUUCAAAAGAUGUAAAUGAUCAACCAGCUACUAAAGAUAAAAACAGACUGAUAUUUGAGAAUUUGGCUUCACUUUUUAAGUACUUGGAAAUCGCAUAUAUUGGAAAGCUGACCAGUCCAAAAUGGGAUCAGUUUCGUGGAUUAAGAUUUGCAAUAAAAAAUAAGAUCAGACUCAACAACAUUAUUUGGAGGGAGUACCAUAUGCAGUACGUUAAAAAGUUGAAACCGGUUGUUGUUCAAUUUCAAACACCUGUAUGCGAAAACCACUCCAAAGCUGAGGCGGUGGUACUGGAAGGAAAAUAUUGGAGACGGCGUAUCAGUACUUUGUGUAGAGAAUAUGGCCUUUGGAGAGUGUUUGCCAAGAACAAAUUGUAUGGAUCUCAUAAUAAGCAAAUUGUUCAGUGUGCUAAUGAAUUGCUUGAGGGAUCGGACAUGUGCUCGUAUAAAUUCAGGGAUCUGCCAAAAAACGCUACCUCAAAACUAUUAGAAGAAAUAAUGAUGGAUAUUGAUGAAAACCUUGACUUGUUUUUUGAACAACCAUUAACAUUCCCAAAUCCGCGUGAUUUACCUACUUUAGGGAAUGCUGACAUAAUGCAGCCAGGUUUACAACAACUUCAACCUAACAGAAGUUUACGUGAAGACAUUUCGUCCAGUAUGUUCCAAUCUAGUGAGCCUAAUUUGUCUUUUCAAAACUCCAAAUAUAGUAUUCCGCAUGAUGCCUAUUCAUUCGGUUAUACGUGGUCCCAUGCUGCUGUCUAUCCUGAUCAAUCUUUCGAAGAUAAGUUUAUAUCUGGGGUGGUUCAUUCCAACCCAGUAAUAACACAUCCAGCUGCCACACCCACUGAAAAUCUUUCUGGUGAACAUUUCAGUAUUCCAUCGUGCCCAUCGUUCUUGUCACAAGACUGUAACAACGAAACUCUUUUAGAAUUAACUACAAAUAAUAGAGAAGACCGUUCAUUUGUUACAAACAAUGAGAGUGGUGAAAAUGAUUACCAUGGUCGUCAUCCAUAUCGACCUUCCUUUCCAGUGACUCAAAAGCGCCAUUUUGUACACCAACCUAAGCUUGCAGGUCAAAACCAAUGUGGCAAACUUCCUGUGAUUACACAAUCAAAAUGCGGGUCAUCUGGAGAACCCGUCCCCUCAAAAAGUUGUGUGGAUAAACCUUUUCAAGCUUUCAGUCAGUAUUCAGAAACUAAACAGGAAAACAGCGAUCGUAAGAAUGGAUCGACUCUUUUAAAUGCUUUGUUGCGUGGUGCUAGUGGUAGCCAGAACCUAAGUUCUUCUGGUGACUAUGUUGGUAAUCCACCAGUAUCCCAAAAACCUUCAAAUUGCUUGUCUCCCUUACUUUGCAACGCUUUGAAAAAGCCAGAAAACUAUUUUAACCACUCGCCUGGCAAACAUUUUUAUUUUAAAGAUCAGUCAGCUCAGUCACUUCAGUUAAAAAGCGAUCAAACUUCUUACACUGAUGCGAAAGAUUUAUCGAUUUCAUACAAUCAUUCUGGCUUUGCUUUUGGUGACCACCCUUCACUCGUUCCAGACACACCAAUUCAAAAUACUCGUAUUCCUGAAAUUAAUCAAGCAAAUGCCUCAGACAAUGUACCAGUUCCAGUGGGCGAUUACAAUAUGCCUGUUAAUUGUUCUGUAACACAAAAUCACGAAUCAACUUUAUCUAACUUGGAACCUAUUGUGACCCCCCAUAUACAACCUAUGGUAUCUCACUCGAGUGUGUUACCUUUUUCAACUCACAACCUGUUGGUAAAAAACUGUAAGGAGGAAUCUAUUGAUUUCAGUCUUUGUAAUCAUUUAAUCAGGAACCCCAGUCAUUAUUUUAUCAAUACUGAUGCCGUUUCCCACCAGAAUGCAGUUGAAGUACAUACCCCUUUUUCUGGAACUAGUGACAAUAACGUAAUACGUGAUCCUUCUUUAGAGCGACGAGAUCCAAGCGUUAAGAGUUUAGAUAUCAACAGUUCUGUUAUACAAAGUGUACAAGGAAAUUCAGGUUUUGUGGCUGAUACUCAAAAUGUUCCCACACAGAAUCCACAAAAUUCUAUCGUUUUCUUUAAAGGAAACGGUGAACUUCCUUCACUUGCGAUCCACCGAAAUCUCUCUGCUUCAUCCAGUAUAAAUUUCACUUUUCCAAUUAAUAACUCUGGGCAAUACUCAUUUCCUAACAGUUCAAACCAAGUAUCGAACAUGUUUUUUUUACCAAGUAAUGAGCAUGUGCAUGGAUCCUUAGAUGAUUCAAAUUCUGAACUAGAAACGUUGGUUCCAGGAAGCUGGAACGAGCCCCAAAUGUUUUCUCAUACAAUGAGUAUUAGGCCAAAUGAAAUGGAACAAUCUACAGAAGCAAUGGUUACGAAAGAUAGCAGCUUAAAUAUUAAUAAAAUCAGUUCACAAAGUUCCGUUGUUGAAAAUAGUGCCACAAUGCGAGGCAGGUCUAAUUCGGCUGGGAAUCUAUUUUCACUUCAGAAUAAUCAUCUGAAUAGUUGUUCAGUACGAGGUUCAGCAGCUACUACCUCAAGUUAUGGCAGUACGGAGGUCUUAUCCCCGAUGUUUACUAAUCAUAAGGGAUUUUUAUGUACUAUUUCUCCAUCAUGUUCUCCACCUUCUGUUUCUGAGCAGAAUGAUCAACCAGGUAAACCGACCAUAGGAAAUUCUUCAGAAGAAAGGCGACGUCAGUCAAUGCAGUCUGGUUUGCAAACUCUACGACAACUUUUGAAAAUGCAUUCCAAUGUAGAUAAUCUUGCAGGUGGUAGUCGUUUUUCAGCUCGUAGGAAUAUAAAUAAUUUAGAAGGGAAAUGCUCCGGGUCUGGUACUUACACAUCUGCUGAUACAGAAAUACCCAACGAAAAACUUCCAGUUGGAAUACAGUCAUCAAGUGGAUUAGAUUUAGGAUCAGAUGAACAGACAAUUUCUUCAGCAAAUGAGAUUGGUGGUAAUGGUCGAGCAUCUAAAGCUGCAACACUGAGAAGUGCUGCUGAACUAAUUCGAAGAUUAAGAGAUGAAAGAAAUCUUUUGGAAGUACAAUGUACAAAUCUGAAAGGAGAAGUUAAGGCACUACAAAGUGCAAUCAGCCUUUGUUGCGAAAAAUUACCUUCAUCGGGUUCAUCGUCUUUACGAUCAACAUCAGAUCCAAAUUCAAAUGCUUACUACUCAGAAUGGUUUCGUGCCUAUGUACACAAACAAACUGAGGUGAAUUGGAAAUUUUAUGUAUUCAGUUUAAUUAUUGGUGGGAUUUUCAAAUCUUAUUGUACUACAACAGUUACAAAUUCACGUGAUCAGUUUGUUCGAUCUGUAUAUGGAUGGUUGGAUACAAAUUGUUCACUGAUACAAUUGAGACCUGCUGUAAUGCAAGCUCUAUGCACUCUGGGGAAAACAACAUCUGUUCUACAAGAACCAAAUAAAUUACCUGAACAAUCAAGAAUAUCAUCUAUUGAGAAUUUAUUUUGAUUAUUCAUUGUGAACUAUUUUAAAAUAUAAAAAAGCAUUAGUGUAAAGAAGUUGAUUACUCAUGAAUGAAUAUCAAUCAAUAAAUAUAAACUGUACCACCACCUCUCAUGCAUGUAUGCAUAUAUAUGUAUAUGUGCGCGUGAUUGGUUGGUUAAUUGGAUUUGUGUGAUAUUUCAUUGUGGAAUUCUUUCUUCAUUUCUUUAUUUCUUCUCUAACAUAGUUACUACUUUGUUUUUAUUGUUGUAUAAAUAAGAAAACAAAGAUCUAUUUUGCCAGUCUAGUCUGUCUUUCCCCAUAUAUAUAUAUAUGUAUAUAUAUAUAUAUAUAUAUAUAUAUAUAUAUAUAUAUAUAUAUAAUAUUUAUACCUUGCUGCCACAUUAUAUUUCCUGUAUCUAUUUCAUCUAUAUUUCUUCUCUCUAUUUUUGAUAGAAUCCAAGAUACAGUCGUGUAUUCAUGGAUCCUUCUGACAUGCAUAAAUGAUUACACUAAAGCACAUUUGCCUUUAUUUUAUUUAUUAAUUUAUUUAUAAAAAUAGAGUUCCCUUAGUAUUUUUGUAUGGGACAAUUAAUCAUUCAUUACUGUUAUUAGUAAUGCUUUUUACUGUUGUAAUUAUUAUUAUUAUUAUCACUGCAAAUUAGUUGGCGAUCUAUCCUCACUUAUGAUGUAAUUCUCUCUUCUGACAAUUGAGCAGGUGCAAUCGAGUUUAUUUAUAUGCCUAUGUAUUACUGGUAGUGUACCUUCUUUUUGCUGUUGUUAUCUCCUUCCUUGCAUCUACAUGAUGCAUUUUUAAUUGAUGUAAGCAUAGACUGGCUCUAUUCAUUUUUAUUAUUUCUCUUUUUUUUAAUAGUCAUAUUGUGAUAAUAGUUAUUUAUUUAUUUAUGUGAUUUUAUUCUUUAGUCUUUCCCUUCUCAUUUCUCUUCUUUUAUUGCAUUGUCUUUCUCUGAGUAGUUUAAAAAAAAUGUAAUGUACACUGGUCAUAGCGAUGCAUACAUGCGUAUUUGUGUGUAUGUGCGUGUGUGUGUGUUUGUGUAUAUACACGCGUGUAUCCACCUUGUUUCCUUCUUAUGCUUUCAGAUCUGUAAUACAUCGAUUCAGAAUAGUGUGUGUUUGUGUGUGGUAAGUUGGGUUUUCGAACUGUUUAUUUCUUAUUAAUCAAAGUACAAACACUUUUACCAAAUUCAUUAUGCUUAUUAUGUCUAACUUGUAUUCAGGCGUUACAUUUUUGUUUUCCUAAUUAAUUAUCUCAGUCUAUUCAUAUUUGAAAGGGGACAAUAACCCCUCUUUUUUUACUCUUGAACCACCAUUUUAUUUCUCUUUUUUAUCCGUUCUACUUUUUUUCUCUCUUCCUAAUGAAAACUGAGUUAUCGCCUUAUAUCCACUUUUUUUUUCUCACCUUCAUUUAUAUAUCAUUAAUUUGGAUAAAUUAGAAGAGAAGGGGUGUGUACAACUUCAGGUAAAACAUACAGGAGUUGAGAUUUGUAAUCGAGGAUGAAGUUAAGAAUUCUUUGGUGUUUUCGUAAACGUUGCGUCGUCUCACUCUAGAAGAAGAAAUGAACAAAUAAAAAGUUAACAUCUGUUGUUUGUUACCAGUGGUAUCAAUAGAAAACGUACCUUUUUUGGAUGUGUGUUAGUGAAACAGAAGCCGUGACCAGUAGGUCAAAGAUGAGGCAGUAACUCAUCGCAGAAGACAUUGGCUAGCGGUCGCGCUAUGUCGUGAAUUGGCAGAUGUUAGAAUUCAAGAACCAUUGGAUCGGGUCUCAGUGGCUCAAUGGUGUACGAGCUUGCCUUGUAUCCAUAAGGUCCUGGUUUCGAAUCCCGGUGGGUGUGUACUGAUGAGGACUCCCUAACUAGGACGAAACAGCUGUACAGUGCUCCGAGGUUUUCCAAUGGUUCUCUAACUGAUGUCAGCUCAUGAUGAAA